CAUUGAAGGGAAUGGUUACAGGCAAAAAAAACAAAAAGCAAACAAACAAAAAAAACUCCCCAAUGCCUAUGGUGUCAUUUGUGGAAGUUUAAAAACUAUAAAAAAAAAUAAAGAAUCUCUAAAAUGCAGUUCCUGGUAAAAAAAAUACAGGUAUAUGUACUAAUACACAUAUGCAACAUAAGAACAAUACCUUUAUUACACACAACAGACACUUAACAUUUUUUUUUAUUUUUACUUUACAACCAGGGGGGGAAAAAAAGAAAAAACAUUUAUGGUUGUUGUUCUACAUGUCUGGAUACAUUUAAAAGUAUUAGUGAACCUUCACUGCCUUUAAUGUCACGACAUUGUACUGAUCACAUACACAAUAAGAACUGGCUGGAAUAGUUGAACAAGUAGCUAUUGUCUUAUUGCUCAGUGGGAUGCCUUGGACAAAUCCCUCUUAGUUGCAGGUGGUCAGGGGUGAGCAAAGAGUUAAGUCCUGAGGUCCCUCUGUCCCUCCCUCCUAAUGUCCUGACAUCAUUAGCCCUGCCUCCAAAAAUCUGCUUGCUUUCCCCCAAAGUAUGUUUUCCAGUCCUGCUUUCAUGAGAGUAAGAAAGAAACACUGUGUGAACCCAGUGUAAGGACCAAGCAUUAAGAUAUACUUUAGUUUCCUGGUACUAUAGAUUGGAAACUAGGUUUUAAGGAUGAUCUAAGAAGCCAUUGGAAUUAACUGUGGACAUCUUGGGGGUUCUAUGUGGUUCACAGGGAGAUGGCUGUUCAGGCUGCCAUCAUGAACUCACAGUUCCUAAAUUUCUGUUUCCCUGGGUCAGUUAUGGAGUACGAGUUGGAGAAGGGUCUAGAUGGGUCAUUCCUGGGUGAAGUCGACUGUGAAGGUGACUUCAGGGAGGCGACCAGUGAUUUGCUUAGCUUCAUUGACUCUGCUUCCAGUAACAUAAAACUGGCCCUGGAUAAACCUGUCAAGUCCAAGAGGAAAGUCAACCACCGAAAGUAUCUACAGAAACAGAUCAAAAGAUGCACAGGAAUCAUGGGACUAGGGAAUGGAGCACCUCAGGAGGCUUGCAAAAGUAACGACUCCACCCCAACUCCAACUAGCAUCAUGCAGAACAAAACACCCAAGCGGGACGGAGCUCAGGCCAACCUGCAGAGCAAAAGUUUGGCUGCCCUCUUCAAUCACGCCAAGGAUUUACGGGGAGAAAAGACAAAAAAGCCGCCACUGCGACACCGAAAUCUGCCACCAUCGUUCUUCACGGAACCAGCCAACACUACCCGGGUUACAUCCACUUCCGGCAUGACCCUUAAAGAUCUUGAGAGGGGAAAUCCAGAUGCAACGGAAUUCUUUGAGCUUCUGGGGCCUGACUACAGUAAUAUGGUCUCUGAGCAGGAGCUCUUUCAUACUAUGCCCAACAGAGUCCAACAGCAGGGAACCACAGGACCGGAACCAAUCUCUUUUGACUCCCACAAUUUUGUGACAGGUGGUUUUCUGUAUGCAGAACCAUGGGCCACAAGUGGUGGCGUGCCCAAGAAAACGGGAGACAUAAAGACAGUUCCAGAGCAGUCAUCUCUAUAUGGGGACACAGACUCCUCUUGCUCAGUGCCUAUGGAGCAGAACACUACAUGUUCACUGACCUUCCCAAACUUCUUUACAGACUGCUCCGUUUCCCAGGUCUCAUAUGAUCUGGAUAGUGGAUACAGCCGAGGUAGUUUUUCAACUCUUUAAAAUCAGCAACAUUUUUUUUUUUACAUUUUGGAAGAACUUUUUUUUUAAACAAAUGGCUGCAAACAAGGAUUUUUUUUUUUUUAUCUAUGCAUCUAUGAUCUAUGAUGUUUGAUCAGAAGGAACAUUUUGGACCAUCUUAUUUAGUGAAAUGUUUGGCUAAACCUCUGCGAAGGGAUAAUACUGCUGCUUGCUUCAAUGUCAGGGACUUUUUCAACUACGUCUAAAAGCAAUAGGAUUUGGAGGUUAUAUCACCCUUUAUAUAUGAUAUUGUUCAGGAAUUGGUUAAUAGUUUUUUGAAGUGUUCUAAUAAGCCUUUCAUAGAAAUUAAGUCACCAUGGAGAAGGUGGGGGAUUGUUUUUAGAACAUUAUCUCAGGGUGUUAGUUCACAUUCAUAUACUGUAUUGAGAAGUAACUACAAUCAUGUAGUCUGAAGAGGAAAAAUGCAAUAUUCCAUCACUUCAAUGGUUACAGUUCAUAAGAAACAAAUAUUACAAAAAAUACAUUUUUCAUUUUUUAAUAUGUAAUGAAAUAAUAUUUUUAUAGAAUAAUUUGGCGCUUUCACAUUCAGAAAGAUGCUUGGCAUCCUCAUGCUUUCCUCAUAAAAAUCCUAGACUGUUUUAUAUAAAAGGCUUGCUUAAUAGCAUGUGCGCUUAUCUCUUUGUAGUGCUGAGUUUAUAUUAUUAAGAGAAUGUUGUACUGUACGUGGACUAUCUAUUCCUUUAAAUUAGGAAUAAAAACAAAUCAUUACUUAAACAGUGGAAAAAGCUUCAUAGACAGAGACUACAAAGUGGAUCUUGGAUUCUCACUACAGUCUAACUUUUUUUGGUUUAGAAUAGAAACUGAGAGUAGAUAUUGGACAUUUCAAAUUCCAAUAUAAAUCAGUGAGUCCAAAUUAUAACACGCUUUAAUGGGUAGUGAAAUAUAGUGAUUUAGUUCCUUGUGGCAGGUGCCUUGAAUGUAUUUUGAACAAAUAUACUGGUAAAAGCACUGACAACUUAGUAUAUUGUAAAUAACCUUAAACUGUCAAUGGAAGCAACAUUUAAGCAGGUGAAGGUUUGUGUAUUAGGUUCUUACACUUGUCUGCUCUCUUGCUCUAUUUCACUUUACCUGAUGUGAACAGCUGGAGCAUGUUUGCUAAAAAAAAAGGUAAAGUGAAAAAAAGUGUAUAAAAAAUAAUUCUGCUUGUUCAGAAUGUAAUAAGGCACAAUAAAGCUGGUCUUUAUUUUUU